GGGCGCUAGGCGAGCGAAGGGCGCCUUGGGCCCACGGGGCCCGCCUGCAGGUGCGCGGGCUCGGCUCCCUGCGCCCUUUGACUGCAGACAAGGGUCGCCAUCCCUGGGGUAGUGUCGAGAGGAUCCAGGCCCCGGACGUGCUUCAGAUCUGCCCGCCGCCCUGCGCCCCGGCACCGGAGGCCGAACCCUGAAAGGCACAGAACUAGAGCAUCGUGGAGGAGUCGGGGAGGGUGCGGGGAGAGUUAUUCACAGUGAAAAGACCGUGUUUCCAGCGCUGCUUUGAAAAUAAAUCCUCGGGCGAGCUCCGGCUCCGUGCGAAAUGAGAAGCCGUUUGCAGAUGUCUACACUCGCGCUCAGAAGCUCUCGCGUGUUCCUGUUCAGAGGUACAAAAACACCCGAUCCCGGGACACGCGCCACAGGAGAGGCUAUCGGCUGGGUUGGGGUCCGUUGCGCUGUCUCUCUCGGGCCACGGGGAUUUCUCAGGGUCCCCCUAACGUCCCAGACACGACAUGCCCACGUUUUCCACCCUCGCCCCACAGCGAAGCCAUCGUUCUGGCUCCUUCUAGGUGCAGACACCGAGCUUUCCCCACCCCUGCCAGGUCCGCGGGGUCCAAAGAGGUCAGAGAGAGGGCUGCAAAUUUUCCUGCACGAAAAACAUGUAGACCCCGACGGAAACGCCCUAAAACAACAUAACAAAUUAAACUAUCUUCUCCACACACACAGGUCUUUUUCUGCUGGAUUUAGUCCCUUUCUGUUGCUGAAGGAAGAGAAAACGGCGGCGUGGAGGGGUGGGUGGAGGUAGAAAAGGGAUCUUUGACAGCCUGGAGGACGAAUGAUUUGAAUAACUGUAGGAAAGUGUAGGGGAAAACUUAAAAAAAACCUCACAUUCCAACCCAACGGUAGCGGCAGCCGGGCUCUGGACCCCUCCCCGCCAGCCUGUCCCCCCCUUGAGCUAAUCACCCUCAUUAGGAGCCUCAUCACCGACCUAAUGAAAGCAAACCGUGUGGAAAUCGCCGGUAAACAGUUGGGUCCGUGCUGUAAUUAAUUCAGUGUCUCUUUUAAUCAAACCGAAAGGAAUCGGGCAGCGGCUUGUGGAGCCGUGACAUCACCCCCAAAAUCGGCCGGAGCCAAUCAGCGUCAUCACUCCGGGGACACGUGGGCGAGUCCCCUUUAAAAAAAAAAAAAACAACGAAAAAACAGAAACGAAAAAAAAAAAACCCUAGCCCCAAAGUAAAAGUGACACAAGUUCAUUUUUUAAAGGAAGGGGGGGAGGCGAAGGCGCGCGCGGAGGACGGGCUGCGAGCUGCAACAGCGGAGCCGGGAGGUGCUGUCCACGGUGCUGACGGGCCCCAGUAGCGGUGCGAGCGCGGAGAGAGGACCUCCCCGGCCAGGUGGGGAGCGUCAUGCGCCGAGGGCCGCCGUCGCCGCUAUCCGCGGUGCUGACGCCGCCAGGUGCGCUCCGUUCCCCCGGCUGGUAGCGUGGCUCGGGCCCGCUGCUAUCCGCGGUGCUGACCCCGCUGCCCUCGGCCACCGCUCGCCUGGAGGAAGCGUGCAGUUUGGAUUUUUUAAAAGCCCUUCUUUAUUUAGAUUCCAACGUCCUCGCAUCUCUUCUGUGCCAAAGGGGAGCUCAGGCCGUCCGUCUCCCCCUUUGCUCUCCCCAACUGGGCGCACCCUCCCUCCCAUUUCUCCCUGACACUCCCACCACCCCCCUCGGCUCGGCGGCUCCGCGCGAUGCUGCAGAAGACGCGCUGAGCCCUUUUGGAUCUAAUGCGCAGAGGAGGUUGGCCCAGAGCUCCCGGGCUCCCCCAAGGCUGAACUCCAUCCAAGGUGCCCGCAGGCUCCCUGCCCGCCUUCCCCAUGCCAGCCCGCAGCUAGGGGCAGGGGCAGCGGCGGCUGGGGUUGGGGGGGGUGGGGAGCUUUUGGGGAGGACAGGUCGCAGCUUGGCUAUGGAAGGCUCCAAUGGCUUUGGGAUCGACUCCAUUCUCUCCCACCGAGCGGGCAGCCCCGCCCUUCCCAAGGGGGACCCCUUGCUCGGGGACUGCCGCUCGCCCCUGGAGCUGAGUCCGCGCUCGGAGAGCAGCAGCGACUGCUCUUCACCAGCCUCGCCAGGAAGGGACUGUUUGGAGACGGGCGCCCCACGGCCUGGCGGGGCUUCGGGCCCAGGUUUGGACUCCCACCUGCAGCCUGGGCAGCUCUCAGCCCCAGCCCAGUCUCGCACCGUGACCUCCUCCUUUCUGAUCAGGGACAUCCUUGCUGACUGCAAACCACUCGCGGCCUGUGCACCCUACUCUAGCAGCGGGCAGCCAGCCGCUCCUGAGCCUGGGGGCCGUCUUGCGGCCAAGGCUGGGGAGGACUUUAGAGAAAAGCUGGACAGAAGUAGCAGCAAUGCCUCAUCGGACUCUGAGUAUAAAGUGAAGGAGGAGGGCGACCGGGAGAUCUCCAGCUCGAGGGACAGUCCCCCGGUGCGCCUGAAAAAGCCACGCAAGGCACGCACGGCCUUCACCGACCAUCAGCUGGCGCAGCUGGAGCGCAGCUUUGAGAGGCAGAAGUACCUGAGCGUGCAGGACCGCAUGGAGCUCGCAGCCUCGCUCAACCUCACCGACACGCAGGUCAAGACCUGGUACCAGAACCGCAGGACUAAAUGGAAGCGACAGACGGCCGUCGGGUUGGAGCUGCUGGCGGAGGCAGGCAAUUACUCAGCGCUCCAGCGGAUGUUCCCGUCGCCUUAUUUCUACCCGCAGAGUCUGGUUUCCAACCUGGAUCCCGGCGCCGCGCUGUAUCUGUACCGCGGGCCCAGCGCGCCGCCGCCCGCCCUGCAGAGACCUCUGGUGCCCCGCAUCCUCAUCCACGGACUCCAGGGCGCCAGCGAGCCGCCCCCGCCGCUGCCCCCGCUGGCCGGCGUCCUCCCGCGGGCCGCGCAGCCUCGGUGAAGCGCCCGCCCGCCGGCCCGCGGAGCACCCGGGCCCGGCUCCGGGGCUCCGCGCUGGCCCCUUCCGCCUGCCUCUGGGAGGGCGCGGGGUUUCAACGCCCCUUCCCAGGGGCCCCGGGUCCGGCCCUCCCUGGCGUCCAGCCCAGUGUCCCCAGAAGGGCCAAAUGCCAAGUCUUCUGCGUCCCGGACCCCGGGACUGAGUCUCCCUAACCAUCUUCGGCGUCCUCACUCCCGGCCACUCCAUCAGGGAGCCACUUCCACCGCCGGGGGUACACACAUCCCCACACCCCGCCCCCGUCACUCCCCACCCGCGCCCCCUUGCCCCUCCCCGGUGCAGGUGGGCGACCCCCAUGCUGCCCUUUCCCACUCCCCCUCCACGCUCCGGCGGUACCCCAAGCCCUCUCCCCGCAGCCCUGACACGCGGAGGGGAAGGGGAGUGUGGAGCCUCUCCCGCCCCUCCCCCCAGCUCCAGGGCCAACGGCAGAGCUGUACAUACCGUGUGCAAAGUGUAUAUGAAGUUAUUUAUUCGUGACCCAUGAGCCCGUGACUGUGUCUGUGAAUCAGUGAGUUUGUGGCCUGUGCCCACCCUCCUCCCAGGCGGGGCAGGAAGGGGUCAGGGGACUUGCCCACCUACCCCGACCUCCAGUCCCCAUCCCGGCCUCCGUCCGGGGGGCAGCCAGGCCCCUCGGGUUCUCUCUCUUUUUUAAAUGUCGAAAUAAACUUCUUACAAAUGAC